AUGACGAGGCCUCGUCUCCACCGCCAUUGGAUUUCUUCCAUUGGCUUUUUGGUUCAUCGGCUAAAUCAACGGCGGGCGUUGUUCCGGAGCCGUAUCCGAAGCUAGAUGCAGCUUCAGGUUCCAAGCCUGACCCCAGCUUUGACGCUGAACCUGCCACCGAGCCUUCUGCUGACCCUGCCGCCGAGCCUGCUUCUGCAAGCAAAUCAA